AUGAGUGACGCCAAACCUCCGGCUGCUGCCCCAGCUGCCUCAGGCGGUUCGACCGCUCAAAUCAACUCGUUGAGUGAUGUCGACGGUGAAUUGAAGAAGGCGCUCUACGACUCGGCCAAAUGGCCUCUCACCUGCAUGGUGUUCAGCAGAGUGGAGGAACAGACUGGAGUCAAGAGGGAGAAGGUAAGUUAAUAGGUAUUAAUAGUUGAAGAUGUUAUUAAAAUGGCAUGAAUAGGUAUGAAGAUGAUAGAAUUUGAAGUGAAUAUAAUAAAAGCAGUAUAAAGCCUUUAAUUUCAGUUCGCCUACGGCGUGUUGGGAGCGUUGGGUCUGUACCUGAUCGUAGGAAACCUGGCCCAGCUGGUUUGUAACUUCAUCGGCUUCGCCUACCCAGCCUACGCCUCGGUGUACGCGAUUCGCAGCACUCGGAAGGACGACGACACUCAAUGGCUAAUCUACUGGACCUGCUUUGCCUUCUUUUCGUUGAUCGACUUCUUUGCCGAAAAGAUUUGCUCGUGGUUCCCCAUCUAUUGGUUGGUCAAGGUGAGUUAACAGCCUUGGUGCUAUGGAUUAAAACACCAAGUCUUCUUGAAUUUUGAAACUAAAACAAGGUCUAGCUAAACAGUUUUCAAUCUAAAAACUUCAGAAGAACGUUUUCCAAUCAAGAAUUUUGUCGGAAAACCCCUUUUACGUCAACGCAAUUCAAUUAUUCAAGUUAUAUUAUCCAUAAUCUAAAUAAAUAUUUCAGACCAUCUUCCUCAUCUGGUUGUCAGCUCCUCAAACUGGUGGUGCUCUCAGAAUGUACGAAGACUACGUGGAUCCGGCAAUCAAGAAGAUCGACGAAAUAUACGCGAAAUAUGCAACAAAAAAGGAAUAA